CUUUCACAUCUCCCUGCUACUACCGCAUCACGCAUAGUUAAACACGACUCCGGUGUCCCCAAGACUAAUAUCUGCAACUGCUUCAGCAACUCCGACCCAGAGACCAACGACAUCUUGUUACGACUGGCACGAUGCCGCCAGGCGCUGCGUCGGGACCAGGUGCCCCUCCAUCUGUGCCAUUGAGCUUCUCAAAUAAUUUCUGGGGGCGAGAUGACGCCGGCGUCGACCCUCUCCUUACCCGGAUGCAAAAUGCCAAAACAACGUGCGAUGAGCUGAAAACCUUUUAUAAUGCAAGAGCAGCGUUAGAAGAAGAUUACGCCAAAAAAUUAUUGAGUCUAUCACGAAAGCCGCUGGGAAGUGUUGAACAGGGAACCUUACGGAGCAGCCUGGAUGUUGCUAGAGGAGAGACAGAGUCAAUGGGCAAACAGCACGCACUGAUCGCCCAGCAAAUGAGGUCCGAGCUCGAGGAGCCACUGGCAGCGUUUGCCGGCGGAAUCAAGGAGCGUCGCAAAAUCGUCCAGAACGGAAUCGAGAGGCUGCUGAAGACGAAACAAGCACAGACCGCUCAUGUCAACAAAUGUCGGGACAAGUACGAGCAGGACUGUUUGCGGGUCAAGGGAUAUCUGGCUCAGGGUCACAUGGUCAUGGGACAAGAAGAGCGAAAGAACAAGGCCAAACUCGAGAAGACACAGAUCAACAUGGCCACCAACUCGAAUGAGUACGAGGCCGCUAUUAAAGUUUUGGAGGAGACGACAGGUCGGUGGAACAAGGAGUGGAAAGCCGCGUGCGACAAGUUCCAAGAUCUUGAGGAAGAACGCCUCGACUUCAUGAAGUCCUCCCUAUGGGCCUUUGCCAACAUCGCAUCUACGGUGUGCGUCUCUGACGACGCGUCCUGCGAAAAGAUCAGACUUGCGUUGGAGAAUUGUGAAGUCGAGAAAGACAUUUCGGGCUUCAUAAAAACCUGCGGAACAGGCCAAGAAAUUCCCGAUCCUCCUCGAUACAUCAACUUCUGUCGAGGCGAUGUGGACACCGCAUCCGAGGUCUCGGAAGAUGAGAACUACUCGGUCGCCCAAUUCUCAAGGACCACGAAUCCCGCGUUCAGAACAUCGUCUCCAACCCAUUCAAGCUCUACAAAAGCCAGGCGCAGCCAGACCCCAGAGCGCCAAUACUCAGAAGAGCCGACGGGACCGCAAGAGGAUGAUAUGCCGACACCGUCCAAUGGAAACAGUGGGCGUCCGCCGCCGUUGAAUUACAAACAUCCAGGACCAAAUGUGCCUCCGAAUUACUCACCAAGCCAACAUGGAGACGUCCCGCAAGUGCCACACAAUCAGUACCCGACCGACGGCAUGACGAUGUUCUGCAGAGCGGAUGCUUCCUCGGUUGCCGGCUCUGCCUUGUCCUCAAACACUCGACCAGAUAGUAGGGAUGACCAGAGUGACUAUUCUGCACCGAGCUCAUUCACGAGUGCGGAACUCAGCUCUGGUGCAGCCUCCCCAACCAAAGGUGCCCCGAUUAAUGGCGUUGAGCUGCCUGGAAUGGCAUCACCUGAGAAAUCCGUCCAGAAGAAGAGGUCUGGUUUCUUCUCGAACAGCCCGUUUCGCAGAAAGUCUAGGAAAGACCACGAACCCCAGCCGGGCAGUAUCUCCACCAGCCGCAACACUUGGAACGGAGGCUCAGUCACCAACGCUCGAAAUCUGAACCCCACCGUAUCUAGUGCGCAGUCGAGUCCUACCAAGUCUCCAGCUCGUCAGGCACCCAGCUAUUUUAACAGAAAUGCAGCUGACAUGGCUCUUGAAGGCGAAGAGGCUGCUGAUCCUCGGGCGAGCUUCCAAUUGAGCGUGGGCAACAAUGUCUUCGACGUAGCCAGCCCGGAUGGCACUCAAGACUCAACACCUAAAGCUAGCACAGCAAACCGGCGUAGUCAAUUUAUGCCACCACCUUCAGUGGUAGGCAAUGAGUUGAUGCACGAUCCUAUAGCACAAGCACUUGCAGAUCUCAAACUAACCGCCGGUGGCGCCACGGCAAUGGCUAAACAGUCAAGCACCCGGGUAGCCGUGGAUCGGUAUCACGGCGUGGCAACCCCUGCGCCUGAUCAAGAACCAGCCACUCGACCAGGCAUACUGAGCGCCGAAAGUCAAGCUCGCCUGGCGGCACAGAGAGGAACACCUCCACCAGCAUACGAUAUCACCGGACCAGCAUCUAUGGCGGGUGGGAGGACGCAGAGUGCUCUCGGUGUUCCUCAACCAGCACAUACCAAGCGCGAAAUGCUGAAUCGCACUGAGACAUGGGGCACUAGGGCAGGAGGCAAUCCGACUCAGCCAUCAAGACCUGGUACCAGAGAUGGAAGGAGGAGCCCUGGCCCGGGGAUGAUGAGAGCAGCAAGCCCGCAACCUCAGUCUCAAAGCCAGCCUCCCCGUGCCAGAAGCCCAGCUCCCGGCGUCAUCCCUCGUGCUGUGAGUCCUCAACCACAGCAAUCCCAAAGAUACCAGCCGCGCUCGCGAAGCCCAGCACCUUCCAUGGCCCCUAGAGCAGCAAGCCCGAAUCCAGCAAUGAUGUCAGGCGGACGGCCUGCGGCUCAGCAAUACCGCGCGGCCUCGCCCAAUCCCUAUGGAGGAUCACGAGGCCCUGGGCCGGCACCGAACCAAGCAUCAAGACAAAGCACCGGCAUGGAGAUUCAAUUGAGCAACCAGGAUCCGGGACGGUACGACGGGUCCGGUGGCAGUGAAAGAAGUCGUCAGGGAAUGAUGCGGCCCAACUCCAGCUUUGGGGGAGAUCGGUAUUCGCAGCAACAACCUCAGCAGCAGCAGUUCCAACAUCAACCGCAGGGCUAUGAUAACCGGCAAAGAGGUGGAAGUGCUAAUGGAGGGGGGAUGGAUAUCGAACUAAGAAGAGAGCGGAGCAAGAGUCUCGCUGCGAUACCAUAUCGGGCAGGUCCUCCGCCUCAAGAGCAGCGUCAACAGCGAGUGUUGCAUUAUGCCAGGGCAAUGUACAGCUACACAGCGGCCAUUCCCGAAGAACUCUCCUUCUCCAAAGGCGAUAUCCUCGCAGUAUUGCGACUUCAGGAUGAUGGAUGGUGGGAGGCUGAGGUCAAGGAGAGUGCGAGGGGAAUGAAAGCAGGCGGUAUCGGGCUGGUGCCUAGCAAUUACCUGCAACGGUGCUGAUCUCAACCACGCCUGGGGGAAAUGUGACGGUGUAAAUAAAUACACGAGGACUAGGGUGAUGACUGACUCGCUCGCCGACGGUGGUGGCCGAAAUAUCAGCUUGGACAUUCAUUGGCAUUGGGAUGAGGUUUGUACGAUAUCGGGCACGACGGGAGUUGGCCUCUCGACAUUUUGGCGCUGUGUUUUUGGCCAAGUUCUUGAGCGAGCCGUCAGCUAUGUAUGUAGGAUGUACGUGCUAGGAUGCCGCGCAGCCAGACAUAACCCGGCAUUUGGAUCGCGGGAGCUGAGACAGCAUCUAGAGCGCUUUGUACAUGCCAUCAAUGUCAGACAAAGUACAAUACUGUA